AUGAGCACGGCGACGCACUCGCUCGCGUUCCGGGUGAUGCGCCUUUGCCGGCCUUCUCUCCACGUGGACACCCCUCUCCGCAUCGAUCCGGCCGAUCUCCUCGUCGGCGAGGACAUCUUCGACGAUCCAGCCGCCGCCUCUCAGCUUCCUCCCCUCCUCGACAGCCUCGUACCGAACUCCAAGGAUUCCGCCGAUCUCAGCUAUGGGAACAGAUUUCUGCUUAGCCACCCCUUCGAUUCCUUCGGCCACUCUGGCCUCCUCGUCCUUCCUCAAGCCUUCGGGGCGAUAUAUUUGGGGGAGACGUUCUGCAGCUACAUAAGCAUCAAUAAUAGUUCUAGCUCCGAAGCUAGGGAUGUGAUCAUUAAGGCAGAAAUCCAAACGGAGAGGCAAAGGAUCUUGUUGCUAGAUACUUCUAAGACGCCGGUGGAAUCGAUCCGUGCUAGUGGUCGUUAUGACUUCAUCGUGGAGCACGAUGUGAAGGAACUUGGACCUCAUACGUUGGUGUGCACUGCCUUGUAUAGUGAUGGUGAUGGUGAACGCAAGUAUCUACCACAGUACUUCAAAUUUAUCGUUGCCAAUCCACUUUCGGUUAGGACGAAGGUGCGCAUUGUCAAGGAAAAUACAUAUCUAGAGGCAUGCAUUGAGAAUCACACAAAAGCUAACCUUUACAUGGACCAAGUUGAGUUUGAACCAGCUCAGCACUGGACAGCAAAAGUACUAAAAGCUGAAGAAGAGUUGACUGGCAAUGAUACAGCGUCCAGGACAGUAUUAAAACCACCUGUGCUCAUAAGAUCUGGUGGAGGAAUCCACAACUAUCUGUACCACUUAAAAGUAGCUUCACAAGACCCCAUAAGUGGUAAUGUUCUCGGUAAGCUUCAGAUUACAUGGCGAACCAAUUUAGGGGAACCAGGUCGCCUGCAGACACAGCAAAUUCUUGGCAAUCCUGUCACCCCCAAGGAGAUUGAGUUGCGAAUCCUGGAGAUUCCAUCUGUUAUCAACUUGGAUAGACCUUUCUCGUGUUACUGCUUGGAUUCAUUUCUGGUUAGCAGUACCAUGAUGAAGGAAGGAGCUAACUUACUCAAUCAAUGGCUGCAGGUACAUCUGAAUCUAGCAAAUCAGACAGAGAGGGCAUUAGGCCCAUUUGAAGUAUGGCUUUCACAGAGUAGUCCAUUAGGCGAGAAGGCUGUCAUGAUUAAUGGCCUUCAGAAAAUGGAAUUACCGAAGUUGGAGGCAUACGCAACCACAGAUUUCCACUUGAAUCUGAUUGCUACAAAACUUGGGGUCCAGAGAAUUACAGGCAUCACAGUGUUAAACAAGGCCGACAAGACCGCUUAUGAUCCGUUGCCUGAUUUUGAGGCAAUUGAUCCAUUGUUUCUGAGAAAUCCUUCUCGUGCUGGCACUGACCUGUCGUAG